UUCGGUACCUGUUGGGGGUUCCCGUGCAGCAGCGACAGCGACUGUAGAGGGAACUACAAGUGCUGCAUCAAUACAUGUGGAGAUAACUCUUGCAUACUUCCACUUCCAGAGCUCCCACCUCCCCCGCCCCCCGUGGACAUGGCCAACCCAUGUGCCAAUGUCCUGUGUGACGUCAACACCGUAUGUCGGGUUGUCUUCAAGUGUGCGACCUGUCCCCCCACUGUUCAAUGUGUGGACCCUAAGCUCAUACCAAUUGGGAUUGAUGACGUCUGUAGGGGGCGUGGCUUCCAGGGGUCGCUGCUAGUUGACGGCCCCGCCCCCAACACCAACUACACCUCACUUCGGUGCACACAGGACUGCCCACCUGGGUCAACGUGUGUCAAGACCGAGGCUUGCUGUGGGGUCUGCUGCCGUGGUCAGUCCCUACCCCCGAGGGUCAAGCCAGGAACGUGCCCAACGGUGGAACUUAUCGCGUGCUCUCAGACCAGGUGCCAGAACGAUGACCAGUGUCCAGACAACCUGAAGUGCUGCCAGAGCUGUGGGAACCGAUGCUCAGUACCCAUCUCUCCAGGUGCGACCGACACCUGCAGACCACCGUGCCAGCUAGGCACCAGCUGUGUCUCCAAGAUCUCCGACUGUCCCCCGGGUCAACCCUGUACACAAGUGUACAAGCCUGGGUGUGUACCUGUAGACUGCCUCAACUGUACCGACACAUGUGUACCCAAGAAACUCACCGCAGGAUAUGAAUGCAAACCCAAAACGGGUUGUCUGAAACCCUGCCCACCUGGCCAACAGUGCCAGUACGUGACAACCUUGUGUUCACCGGGGGAGCAGACAAAUCCCACCUGUAAAGAGGUGUAUGAAUGUAGACAGGUGGACCCCUGUGGGGGCUGCCCCAGGGGCAGAACAUGCAUCUACACGGGCAACAGGUGCCCCGACCCCACCUGCCCCACCUUCCAGUGUGUGGUAGACAACGAGUGUGGGGGCUGCCCUGACGGACUCAGGUGCCGACAACGUUUAGCCUGUCGUCCUCCCACCAACUGCGACCCGAAAGUCUAUAGCGGAUCAAAUCCAUGCGGCACUGAGACCUGUAGCACCAUAUUUGAAUGUGUUCUCAAUUGAUGCGUUGCUCAAAUUUCUUCUAUUG